UAAUCAACAGGCAGGAUCAGCUAGCUAGCUAGCUCCUCUUACUACUGUCACCCAGCAGCUAGACAUCUCACCGAAGAGGGAAGCAGCCAUGAAGACUACUAGCUCGGGCAUUGCAGUCCUCCUGGUGGCCAUGCUGGCGGUCCAGGCCGCGGUGGCCGAAAUCUCGUGCCCCGACGUGCUCAACGACCUGUCGCCGUGCCUGGCCUUCCUGCAGGGCAACGCACCCCAACCCAGCGGCGAGUGCUGCGGCGGCGUCAGGGCACUCUACGCGGCCGCGGACACCAGGCCGGCGAGGCAGGCCACGUGCCGGUGCCUCAAGGCGGCAUACCUUCAGGUCCACGCCCAACUGCCCGCGGCGCAGGAGCUGGCCGGCGACUGCGGCGUCCCGAUCAACUACAAGAUCACCCCCGACAUCGACUGCGACAUGAUUAAUUGAAUGAAGGGAUCCUGUUCCCGUAUCAGAAUCCAUACGACGGAUGGUGAUGAUCCAGUGCCCUGCUACUAGUAUACUGCACCUGCACUGAGUUACUUAUAGAAUAAUGGAUUUGGUGAUGUUGUGCUGAAUAGUACUGUUCGCCUGUAAUCGUGUGAUGCCGUCGUCGUUGACUCGUUGGCUUGUUAUCUGUGUUAAUCUCGCAUGUACUCGUGUUUGCAACUAUACAUACUGCUGUGAUCCAUUUAUAAUGUCUAGUCAAUGUCUGAAUGUCGCCUGUAUUCAGGUUUA